GGCUCAUGGGCAGCAGCCCAGGUAACUGGUGGCCUCUCUUGUCCACAGACCACUUCCACAUGCAGUCGGAGUCUUUGAUUGGCCCACUGAUGCAGACCAUCUCCCACCAACACUGGAAGGUGCGGGUGGCCGUCAUCGAGGCCACAGGCACAGUGAUCCAGUUCGGCAGCGGGAAGUCGGUGGACGACGUGCUUAGUCACUUUGCUCAGCGGCUCUUUGAUGAUGUUCCCCAGGUCCGACAGGCGGUGACGUGUGUAGUGGGGGACUGGCUGCUGAAUCUGCGGGACCGGUAUUCCUUCUUUCACAAGCUCAUCCCGCUGUUGCUGAGCAGUUUCGACGACGAAAUACCAGAAAUCACGCGUGCCGCUGCCAGCCUCUGGGAGCAGGUUGGCCUGCAGUGGCAGAAGGAGAACGAGGAGGACCUCAAGGACAAGCUCGACUUCGCCUCUCCCCCACCAGCCCAUCACCCCUAUCCAGAGAAUCGCCCGGUGUUGGGCUGUCGGGAGCUCGUCUUCAGAAACCUCUCCAAGAUCCUUCCCGCCAUCUGUCAUGACAUCACCGACUGGGUGCCGGGGACCAGGGUGAAGUCCGCGCAGCUGCUAGCAGUGCUCCUGCUUCACGCAGAAGACCACGUCACGCAGCACCUGGAACUCCUCCUCAGAGCCCUGCUCCGUGCAUGUGCCGACGAGGAGAGGGCCGUGGUCAGCAGCGCCGCCAGGUCUGCAGAGCUCAUCGGGACGUUCGUCAGCCCUGAAGUAUUUCUGAAGUUGAUCUUGUCGAUGCUGAAAAAGUCGCCCUCCCCCUCCAGCCUCCUCAUCUUGGCUUCGGUCAUCCGAGGCUGCCCAAGGGAAGCCCUCCAGCCACACCUCAAGGUCAUCGCCACAGAGCUGGCCCAGGCUCACAUCUCUCAAGGGUCUGAGAACCACCUCUACGGGGAGCACCUGCUGCUCUGCGUGCAAGCUUUGAUUGCAGUGUGCCAGGAGGACUGCAGAGGGUCCGGCCUGCAGCUCAUGAAAGUGCUGGUGACCGUAAUGGCCUUCUCGGGUGCCACGGGCCUUGGUGACAAGGUCCGGGAGACCACGGACGCGCUGGCUGCCGUGGAGAGUGUUGACAGCAGCCAGGACCUCUACCGAGAGCACGUGGGCCCUCUCAUGGAGUGGCUGGCCGGAUCACACCACGACUGGACUGUCCACUCUGCGGAGCUCCUGCAGUUUAAUGUGGUGGUCACCCACUCAGGUCCAGCCCUCGGAGAAGCGCUGCCCCACCUCAUCCCCAUUCUCAGGAGCUGCCUCCAGCCGGCCCGCGACCCAGCCAUGCGCCUGAAGCUCUUCUCCAUCCUUUCAGGGGUGCUGCUGAGGGCCAAGGAGACAGUCGACUCCCAGGGGCAGUUUCACAGUUACCUUGACACCAUGAUGAAGGACAUCUUGGUCCCCAAUCUGCAGUGGCAUGCGGGGAGGACAGCCGCAGCCAUCCGCACGGCCGCCGUGUCUUGCCUCUGGGCGCUUAUCAGCAGCGAGAGCCUGUCAGCCAAACAGAUACGGGAAGUGCAGGAAACACUGAUGCCUCAGAUUCUAACCACCCUGGAAGAAGAUUCUCAGAUGACUCGACUGAUUUCAUGCCGAAUUAUUAACAUGUUUUUAAAAACCUCUGGUGGUGUGGUUGAUCCAGAUAAACUCAUCAAGGUCUAUCCUGAACUCCUGAAGCGACUGGAUGAUGUUUCCAAUGAAGUGAGGCUAGCAGCUGCCUCCACCUUGGUCACCUGGCUGCAGUGUGUUGGGAACAACGACGGGAAGUCUUACUACCAGAGUAACAUUCAUUACCUGUACAAGGAACUCCUCGUCUACCUCGAUGACCCAGAGAGCGCCGUCCAGGACGCAGUUUUAGAGGUCCUAAAAGCUGGCAGUGCCCUAUUUCCUGACCUCCUGGUGAGGGAGACGGAGGCCGUCAUCCACAAGCAUCGCUCUCCCGCCUACUGUGAGCAGCUCCUGCAGCACGUACAGGCCUUGCCGCCUGCUCAGUGACCAGCGUCUGGGAGCAGAGCCUUCAGUGCAGCAGCUGGACGUCCUUGUCCUCAUCUUGAUGGGAUUUGUGGCCUUUAAACCUCGUAACAGGGCACCUUUUGUCAACAGCCUAGGACACUCACAAGCAAGACUUGGACAGCGAGAAGAAUGUAUUCC